UACAAGCGGAUUCGCAUUGGGUACAACAAACACCGAGUCAAUUUUUGUGCCAAACAAAAACCAUAGUUUCGUUUAGUAUCAACGUUUUGUAAAAUACAACAAUAACAACGACGCAUGAUUCGAUGUGCAGGUAAAAGUGUACUACACAAAACUUCGAAAAACAUUCUCAAAAUCAUCCCAUCUUCAAUACCCAAAGCCUGUAACAAUCACAUCAUCAAUUCCCAUGUUUCACAAAGAUUUUACAACAGCACCCGCCACCUGUUCGACGAAAUGCCUCAGAGAGCACAACGUUUAUACACCAACUUUUUUGAUGUUCUUAAUCUUGUUGAGUGUUGUAAAAUGAGGCCCAAUCUUCAAAGUGUAGUAAAUGUUCAUGCUUUAGCAUUAAAAGCCGGUGUUCUUGCCCAUUUACCAGCGUCCACGUCACUCGUUAUGGCGUACUCUCGAGGGGGAGAUUAUGCUUCUUCGGUUGCGGUUUUUGGUGAGAUUUGUUGUAAAGAUGUGGUUGUGUGGAAUGCGAUGAUAACGAGUGCGGUUAACAACGGGUUGGUUAGAGAUGCAGUUUGUGUGUUUGUUCAAAUGUUGCAGGAUGGAAUCAAGUUUGAUUCUUUAACUCUUGUGAUUGUCGUUUCAGCGGUUUCAAGAACUACGAUCAGAUUAGCAUGUUUAGAACUUAUUCAUAGUUUAGGUGUAAAGAACAGUUUGCUUUCGGAUUGUGAUCUGCGUAACGCUCUGAUUAAUUCAUACGCUAAACGCGGUGACCUGGGCUCGUCGGAAAGAAUGUUUCGUGAAACAGAAAUGAAAAAUAAGAUCUCAUGGAACUCUUUGAUAAGUGGUUGUUUAAGCAAUGAUCGACUCGAUAAAUCUUUAUGGUAUUUCAAGAAAAUGGUUUCUUGUGGAACCGAGGUUGAUAACGUCAGCUUAUCGUGUGCGAUUUCAGCGUCAACUUCUUUGCUAGAUUUGAGUAAUGGAAAAGUUGUUCAUGGGUUCGCGAUAAAACUCGGAUACAACGAGACCGCUCAUGUUUCUGUACUAAACUCUCUCGUUUCGUUAUACUCUAAAUGCGGAGAUGUUGAUGCCGCCGAAACUGUUUUUAAACGGAUUUAUGUCAAAGAUUUGGUUUCUUGGAAUACAAUGAUCAACGGGUUUUCUUCAAACGGAAUGAUUCUUGAAGCCUUUGAUCUUUUAAGACAGAUGCAGUUAACGGGAUCAAUCCUACCGGAUGCGGUAACAAUACUUUCUUUGCUUUCAUUAUGUGCAGAUUCGAUGCUUUUAAUCGAGGGAAAAACCCUUCAUGGAUUCGUGAUUAGAAGUUUUAGUCGUUUUAAUCGAUCGUGUGUUUUAGUGAUGAACAGUCUUAUGAACAUGUACUCAAAAUGCAACCAAAUGGAAAAAGCCGAGACUUUGUUCACGUCUACACAAGAUAUCGACUUGAUUUCGUGGAAUACGAUGAUAUCCGGUUAUGCGCAAAAUGGGAAUUCUCGGUUUGCGCAACUUCUAUUCAAGAAACUGAUGCAUCGGUGUUUGAAAUGCACGCUAUCAACGGUUUUAGCGGUUCUUUCUUCUUGCAAUUCACCUGAAUUUCUUCGAUUUGGCGAAUCGGUGCAUAGCUGGCAACUGAAAUUAGGGUUUUCAAACAAUAUUCUUUCGAUUAACUCCUUAAUCUGCAUGUACACGAGUUGUGGAGAUUUGAAAGCUUCUUACGCAUUGUUACAAAGCGUUUCAACGGUUGCUGACACCGCUUGCUGGAAUGCGAUGAUCACAGGCUGCACGCAAAACGGAUAUUAUUCCGAAUCUUUAGAAACGUUCAAGUUAAUGAGACGAGAAUCGGACACAAAACAUGAUUUCGUUACACUCGUAAACGUCAUAUCCGCCUGUGGGAACCUUGAUUUGGUGUUUCAUGGGAGACUCGUUCACGGGUUUGCGCAUAAAACUUUAGUUGAUAAAGACGUUCGUGUAAUGAACGCGUUAAUUACAAUGUAUGGCAGAUUCGGGGAUGUUGACUCUGCAAUGUUGGUGUUUGACUUGUGUUCGAACCCCAAUCUUUGUUCAUGGAAUUGCAUCAUUUCCGCUCUUUCUCAAAACAAGAAAGCUAAAACCGUGUUACAGUUGUUCCAAAAUCUUGAUUUUAAACCUGACGAGAUCACUAAUUCGACAAUUUUGUCAGCGUGUACGCAACUUGGAUCGAUCAGGCACGGAAAACAGGUCCAUGGACAUGUUUUAAGAUCGAACUUUCACGAAAAUUGUUUCAUAGUCGCGGCUCUUAUCGACAUGUACAGCAACUGCGGAAGAUUAGACAUAUCGAUCUGUUUAUUCAACUCUUCGUCGGAAAAGAAUAUCGCAAGCUGGAAUUCGAUGAUUUCCGCAUACGGGUUUCACAGUAAAGGUCAAAAGGCGAUAACUUUAUUUGACGAAAUGAUAAAAUCCGGUGAAAAACCGACGAAAACCACUUUUAUCAACUUAUUAUCAGCUUGUGCUCAUUCAGGUUUCGUCAAUGAAGGUUUAAGAUAUUACAACCGUAUGUCUGACGUAUAUGGCGUUGAGCCCGUUACGGAGCACCACGUUUGCGUGGUGGAUAUGUUGGGCCGAUCGGGGAGGUUAAACGAGGCUUACGAGUUCAUAGAGAAAACGGUGGUGAAACCAGAUCAUGGUGUUUGGGGGGCGAUGUUGAGUUCGUGUAAUUAUCAUGGAGAUGUGGAAAUGGGGAAGAAAGUGGGACAGAUUCUUUUCGGUUUGGAACCUAAAAAUGUCGGGUACUAUGUUUCGUUAGCGAAUACAUAUGUUGCUGCCGGAAGCUGGAGUGAUGCAGUUAAGUUAAGAAACUUUGUGCAAGAUGUGCGGUUAAAGAAGCCGGUGGGUUACAGUCUUGUUGAUGUUGGUUAGCAUUGACUAAAAAACAAAUUGCAACUUAAAAAUUUAUUGGUCAUAAAUAGAUAAAAUAUCUUGUACCAAAUUUGUACACACAUCUUUAAUCUAACAAGCCUAUUUAGCUU